GCCCGCUCCGAAGCAAAUUGGGUGGUAGGCACCAACGCCCGGCGCGUAGAGUAGCCCCAUUGGAUCUGACAGGGGCAACACGCGGUGGAGGCUGAGACGGGCUGGAACUACGCUUGGCCUCUGUCGUACCGUCAAACGAGCCUGCCGUAGCAUUCGACAGCCAGGACCAUGAGCUCUGCCACAUUUAGGAUGACUCUGCGAAGAUAUAAGACGACCCUCGAGAUUGAAUAGCGUCCAAGCAGCGCGCGCGCGUUCCACGUUUGGCCAAGUUACUCUCCAACACCUUAGGGCUCCUGCCGCGUAACCCCUUUGUGCCUACGCUGGCAACGCAGAGCUCAACGCCCAAGCCCCGUUGCGCACCAAAAUGACGCUUAAAGACUUGUUGAAAAAGAAGGACAAGAUACGGGACGAGGCCACCACGCCCACGUCUCCCACCGGCGCCACGCUUUCUCCCAAUGUGCCCUCGUUCCAGUUUGUGCGCACCACGACAACGUCGCGAGAGACGAUCGAGCCCCCCAGCUUUCCCGGCGACCCUGCGCACGAGAGCCCACUCUUGUCUCCGGAGCCGCGAGGCAAAUUCGGUAGAUUUCGAAGCCGUAGCAAUGCUUCGUCGCAGGGGUCCACGUCGGGCGGCGAGCAGCCUCGUGAGAAGCGAGGCGAUAUAUUCCAGUUCAAGCGCAGCAGUUCGAGGAGCUCAGCAAAUGUGCCGGACAAUCUUCCAGAAGUGGGGGGCGACGGGGUGGCACGAACAGAGGAGGAAGAGGCCAGGUGGGAAAAAAGGGCUACGGUGCUGGUUACAGCAGGCCUGCAACAUGCCUCUAGCCAGCCCACGACGCCACGCCACGAGCCUAUGAGCCCAACGUCACAAGGGCCAUCACCGAGCCCUAGAAGUUGCAGUGCAACGGUUGGUGCUCCGGCUGACGAGGAGACCAUACAGAAGGCUAUCCGGCUACAUGAGGAUGGAGAUCUUGAAGCAUCAACUUCCCUGUUCGGCAGGCUUGCUGAGCCCACGGGCCCGAAUAAUGCUCUGGCGCAGGUGCUCUACGGCCUGGCCUUGCGCCAUGGCUGGGGUUGUGAAUCGAAUCAAGAACAAGCCGUGUACUACUUGUCCAUGGCAGCAUCCAACAGUGCUGAGGUUGAGAAGCUAGCCCUUGGUGCCGGCAUGAAGAAGGGUGGUGCCGCCAAAGGCGAGCUUGUGCUGGCCAUGUAUGAGUUGGCCAACUGCUUCCGCAAUGGCUGGGGUAUCAAAAAAGACCCCUCGGCUGCGAAGCAAUAUUACGAGACGGCUGCCAACCUGGGCGAUACGGAUGCGAUGAACGAAGUAGCCUGGUGCUAUAUCGAGGGCUUCGGCACGAAGAAGGACAAGUUCAAGGCGGCUCAAUUCCUGCGCCUCGCAGAGUCCAAGGGCAACAAGACGUUAGGCAAUUCAUGCCUCGGGAUGGACGACGGCGACGACAACGACGACGACAACGACAACGACGGCGACCCUCUUGACCUCCAUCUGGAUCCUGGCCUUGCUAGGCUGCAGUAG